AUGGGCCGAACCAACAAAAAGAGGCGCGCCAAAAGGCUGGCGAAGCAGAAAGCAAAGGAAGAGGCAGAGAAGAAGGCAAAGCAAGAGGCACGGCAGAAAGCAAAGGCGCAAACCGAGUGGGAGAAGAACAGCAUUCAGAAUGCGCUACAUGGACGCAAGCACAGUGUGUGGAACCGUGACUUCUCAACUUUGGUGCCAUUACUGCGGCCACUGGCACUCGCACUGGCAGGCAAAUGGUGGCAGUGUCAUGUGUGCUUGGGGUGGUCAAAAAACGAGCGGUUGUGCUGCCGCAGGCUCUCCCGGCGUCUGAUGUGCAAGCACGAGCGCUGCCCGUCCUGCAGGCCUUUCCUUUCUCAGCAGCAAGCUCUGGAAAUCGCCAUGUCGUAUAGGAGGAUUAGAAGGCUGGGGGUUGCAAGAUACUUGUUUCCAUCGCUGCGGUGA